UUUGUUUCAUUUUCAGUAUUUCAGAUGAAGAUAAGAUAAUUUUGCAAUUAAGUGUGAGAAGCUUAUGCUAUUGAAGUGAUUGAACAGUGGCAACCAUCAAGCAAAGAUGAAUUUUUGGUACUCAGCAUUGUGCUUAUUAUUUCUCCAUUUUUCUGUAAAUGCCUUUGAAGAAUUCACAAGGGAAAGGUUGGCUCGACUUCGGGAAGAGGUGCGGGAGAUGUUUCAGCACUCGUACGAGGGCUACCUGCGCCACGCCUACCCGCUGGACGAGCUGCGGCCGCUCACCUGUGACGGUAUCGACACCUGGGGAUCGUACUCGCUGACGCUGAUCGAUGCGCUCGACACACUGGCCGUCAUGGGAAAUAAUAGCGAGUUUCGACGGGUGGCCGAGCUGAUUGUGACGUCCCACUCGGACAUGGACCUCAACAUCAACGUGUCCGUGUUCGAGACCAACAUUCGGGUGGUGGGCGGACUGCUCAGCGCCCACCUGAUGCUCGACAGGGGCGGCGCGCCGCUGCCUCCCGGCUGGCCCUGUAACGGACCUCUGCUGGCACUGGCCGUGGACGUGGCCGACCGGAUCCUGCCCGCCUUCGACACGCCCACCGGUAUGCCUUACGGCACGGUGAACCUGCGGUACGGCGUACCCCCGGGUGAGACGCCCAUCACCUGUACUGCCGGCGUGGGCACGUUCAUCGUCGAGUUCGGCACACUCUCCAGGCUCACAGGCGACUCCUUAUAUGAGCGUGUGGCCCUGCGCGCCCUGUACGCCCUCUGGGAGCGUCAGUCCACACUCGGUCUGUUCGGCAACCACAUCAAUGUGUUGACCGGCAAAUGGACCGCACUGGAUGCCGGCAUCGGCGCCGGCGUCGACUCUUACUACGAGUACCUGGUGAAGGGCUCCCAGCUGCUGCAGCGGCCAGAGCUGGCCGCCAUGUUUGAGGAGGGCCGGCGUGCCGUCGACAAGCACGUCCGUCGCGACGACUGGCACAUGUGGGUGUCGAUGUCGCGCGGCCAGGUCACCAUCCCCGUCUUCCAGAGCCUGGAGGCGUUCUGGCCGGGCCUGCUCUCGCUCGUCGGGGACGACUCGGCGGCAAUGGGCACUCUGCACAACUACUUCCAGGUGUGGAAGCAGUUCGGCUUCACACCGGAGUUCUACAACAUUCCACACGGGGAGCCGUCCGAUGGUCGCGAGGGCUACCCGCUGCGACCUGAGCUGGUCGAGUCGCUCGUCUACUUGUACCGCAGUACUCGUAACCCCACACUGCUGCGGAUGGGCGAGCACCUGCUGCAUAGCAUCCAGCACUCGGCGCGCACCCGCUGCGGGUAUGCCACGGUGAAGAAUGUCCGCACUCACGCGCUCGACAACCGGAUGGAGUCGUUCUUCCUGGCGGAGACCACCAAGUACCUGUACUUACUGUUCGACCCGGACAAUUUUCUGCACAACCCUGGCUCGUCGGCGGUCGAGGUGGACACGCCGCGCGGACCGUGUGUCCUGCACGCCGGCGGAUACGUGUUCAACACAGAGGCGCACCCGAUGGACCCGGCGGCACUGGCCUGCUGCUCCAGUCCCCGUCUAGACGAUAUACUGCAGGAGAUUACCGACGACCCGCGACACAGACGAUUCAAGCUGUUCGGGGGCCGGCCGGUGCGGCCGCGGCCACCGCCCGUCGCCACUGCCGUGUGCCGGCGGCCCACGCUACAGGAACUAAUAGCCGAGCUGGCGUCACCGCGCCGACUCUCCGACGCCGCCAGGGCAGACUCAGAGCAGCGGUGUCUGAGACAUCUGGAGAUAAUGCGAGACCCGGCGGCGGAGCGCAGUUACGAGAGGUUGCGCUGCGAUCGGCCGCCGUUCGAGGACCGGCUGUUGGUGCUUAAUGAGGUAUUUACCAGCUGACAGCGUUCAACCGGCGCGUGGACUAAAAGGGGGAGGGGAGGAUUGAGAGAUUGGUGACUGAGCGCGGGGGAGUGGCCUCGGAUGACACGGACAAGUGAAGCACGCACGGAAUGCAAAACGGCUGAGCUCAGUCACAUCGAUGUCUGGUGGCUGAAUGAGGCGACUGGGGACCAGUAAGAUGAAUUUAUGAGAAUGUGAGGGUCGGCGAGGAUCUCAGCCACGCUGGAGUCGUACAAAAAAGAGAGACGGUGAUGCCAGAGCCCAGACUUCCGAGUAUUGAUCUGCGGUGUUACCUAUUCCAUUGAUGACUGCCUCGGCCAGUAUCGGUCGUUGUUGCUGUGUGCUAGCUGUAGGUUUGAUGGAACAUAUCUGGUUGUUUUUAAUUUAACAAGUUUUAUGUAUUGUUACAAGUAUUUCCGGACGCACCAAUGUGUUGUAUUACACAUUCUGUGAGUGUUGUGCAGUGUCGGGGCUGGGCGGGUGCAUGGCUGGGUGGAGUGUUAACCGUCUGGGAGUGGUGUAUUCGACGUUCGUUGUCAGUCUCUGGGGUGUACCAGGGUGUUUGUACCUCGGAUCGUGUGUACGGUACGCGUUGUACGCCGUCCUCCUCAGCUGUGAUCGGGAUAUCCCGGGCUCCCGCGGAGCAUGGGAGAAUAUCGGGGGAAUAUAUCCACACUCCCGCGGAGUCUGGAUCUGUGUAUUGUUUGACUGUGAUGUCCACAGUCAGUUCCAUGUGAGUGCACUAUUCCGACGGCACGCGGUACGGAAUCACGCCGAUCGAGCUACUGGCGCGGGCCGUCGCUGCGCUGUCGCCCCUCUUAUGCAGGGAUUUGUGGUGGCAAACGGCUCUGAGCCUAACGUCAAACAUGAAUUGGCGGGUAUCACAAGGUCUGACCAAUACAUGCUAAUUGUUUUC